AUGGCAUCUUCAAGUGGUGCUGGGAGUGGAAAUGAAAGAAAAUUGAUUCGUGUUCCAUCAACUGAUGCACAUGCGAGAUUUAAUCUUUCACCUGUUCCAAGUGUUGAAGAUGAUGAAAUUGAGAGUAUCAAUCGUCGAAAUUAUCCUGAAACUGAUCAGGAUGAUAGUGGAGAAGAAGUGGAUCUUACAGGUGGUGCAUAUGAUAGUACAACUACUGUGACUAUGUUCGAUCAUAAUCAUGAUGUGACAAGUUCACUUCGUGUACAAGGACAUGGUGGUUUAGUCACUGACGUUGCUUAUGUUGUUCAUAAACAUUAUGAAAACUUCCAAACUAUUGAUUGGUUAAAAGAUUUAAUGCGUAGUCGUAUUCGUCAUCGAAAUUUACGCUCGCAACGAAGAAAAAGUUGGAGACAACGAUUCACAUUUUUGUUCGAUACAUGGAGUGGAUGGAUAUGUGUUCUUUUAGUUGGCAUAUUAGCCGGUAAAUUGAUCAAUGGAAGCUCAGCAUUUCGUUCUUCUUCUUUGGGAAUAGGUUUUGUCGCUGGUUUCGUAGAUAUUGGUGCUAAAUGGAUGAGCCAUUGGAGAUCCGGUGUUUGUACACCAGCAUUCUGGCUCAACCGAGAACAAUGCUGUUGGGCUUCGUCAAAAGUCGAAUUCGAUGAUGUUCAUAACGAAAUAUGUGAUAAUUGGAAAUCAUGGUCACAUAUAUUUGGUUUUACAGAAACGGCAGUUACUGCUUGGUUUUUUCGUUAUUUUAUGUUUAUAUUUUGGUCUGUAAUAUAUUCUACUUUUAUUGUUAUACUUGUUGUUGGUUCUGCUCCGUAUGCAAGUGGAUCAGGUAUACCGGAGAUUAAAACAAUUCUGUCGGGUUUUAUUAUGUAUGGUUAUUUGGGUAAAUGGACUUUUUUCAUAAAAAGUAUCGGAAUGAUUUUUGCGACAAGUGCUGGUCUUAUUGUUGGUAAAGAAGGUCCAUUUGUACAUAUUUCUUGUUGUUGUGGAAAUAUCUUUUCAAAACUUUUCCCAAAAUAUGGCAAUAACGAAGCACGAAAACGUGAAAUUCUAUCAGCAGCUGCAGCUACUGGUGUUUCAGUUGCUUUCGGUGCACCUAUCGGUGGUAUUCUAUUUAGUUUAGAAGAGAUUAGUUACUAUUUUCCAUACAAAACUCUUUGGCGAACAUUUCUUUGCUGUAUGGUCGGCGCACUUGUCGUUCGAAUAAUAAAUCCAUAUGGAAACGGGCAUGAAAUUCAAUUUCCUGUUGAGUAUAAUGUUCCCUGGGCAACAUUUGAAGUUAUUCCAUUUAUUGGUCUUGGCGCAUUGGGAGAACAACAAUUCGCGACUGAUUUAGCGAAUUUGAAGAUCGCUGAUCCAGCGAAAUUAUCAGAGAAAAUUGCGAAAUCUGAACAGCGUAUCAAAGAAUUCGAAGAAGAAGACAGAAUUGGUGAUGUAGAAAGAGAAAAGAAAUAUCUGAACGAGUACAAAAGAUUACAGAAGCUUUUUGAAGAAAUUUCUCAGCUGAAAUUGAAUAGUAACGAAUUAGAAGGAGGCGAAGAUUUACAAAAGAAAUUAAACGACGGGCUGUCAAAAUAUAAAAUUUCGAAUGUCGGAGAUUUACCUGAAAGAAUUCAUCGAUGCGAACAACGCAUCAAAGAUUAUCAGGAAGAAGGUCGCUCAGAAGAAGCAGAAAAUGAAAAUAAUCGUCUAGCUGAACUAAAGACACUUCAGAAAUUCGCUAAUGACUUGAACAAGUCGAAAGAGGAAGAAACAGAUGAAUCUAAACUUCGCAAAUUAGAAGAGAAAUUAGCGAAAGGCUUAGCGCAAUUGAAAGUACCGAAUAUUUCAGCUUUAAUAGAAAAAAUUCAACGUUCGAAGGAACGAAUUAGUGAAUUUGAAGAAGAAGAUCGAAUUGAUGAAGUAGAAAUAGAAAAAGUAUAUUUAAAAAAUUUUGAAGAUUUAAAUCAAUUGGCUGAUGAAAUCACGAAUUUGAAAUCAAAUUCGUCGAAAAAACCGGUAGAUGAUAUGCCAAAACCGAGUCCAGUUACUCCCAUCGUUGAAAAUAUUCCUACGCCGACGACUGAACAAAGCGUUGAGAAACAGAGAUUCAAUAGUCACGAUAUGUAUCCGUGCGCAGAAAAAACUGUUGUGGAAUUUUUGGAAUAUUUCCAAGAAAAACAUCUUGAAGGUGCUCAUGUUAAACUUGAUCGAAAAUUCAUCAAUGAAAGGUUCAAACAAUUACAGAAGCAGAUUGAGAGACAAGAACUCUUUUUCAAGAAAAUUCAGGAGAAUUUACAAGAUUUAGAUCGUUAUCUUUCGAGCGAAAAUAUUCCAUCGAUUUUACGUUGUUCAUCAGAACUUUUAUCGAGAAUUCGACCGUUAGAUGUACCGGAAAUUGAACGACUUGUGAAAAAAGCGAAAGAUGCCGCGAAAUUCAUUGCAGGAAAAGAAAUUAUUCUUUUAAUUGGAGAAACAGGAACAGGAAAAUCGACAACGAUUCAAUUUCUCAGUGGAGCAAAAAUGAAAAAGACGAAAGUUGAAGUUGAACCAGGAAGAUUCUCAGAACAUAUUACCAUUGAUGGACCGAUCAAGAACCAUGACUUAAUAAAUGUCACAAAUAGUGCGUUGAGUAAAUCAGAAACACGAUACAUUGCACCAGUAUCCAUUCCAUUACGAGAUAUUUGCGGUUCACAUGAAUCCGGAGAAAUCAUUCUAUGUGAUGCACCAGGUUUUGGUGAUACAGCUGGUGCAGAAGUUGAUAUUGCCAAUGGAGUUGGAGUUAUUGAAGCUUUGAAAGGUUGUAAAACUGUGAAAAUUCUUGCUCUUUCAAGUUACAAAAGUCUAGGAGAUCGAGGACAAGGAAUUCAGAAACUCGCGCAUCUUUUGAUUAAUAUGAUUCAAGAUAUUCAAGAAAGAUUAGGCGCUAUUUGUUAUGCAUUCACAAAAUAUCCAUCGUCAAUGGACAUUAACGCUUUGUUAACUGAUAUCAAAACAUCAAAAGUUGAUAAAGAUCCGUUGUUACAAUCAGAUACCACAUUCAUAGCAGUUUUAAAGGAUAUGAUUAAUAAAACACGAGUUGAUGCGGAAAUCAUCGACCCUCUUUCGGGAGAUCCUAAAUCUUUGAUUGAAAAAUUACAAAAGUUACGUGGAAUAAAACAUCCGGAUGAAGUUUUUCGAUUUUCUAUCAGUACCGAAACUCAAUCUUGUAUUUCGAAUCAAGUUCAACAAGAUAAUUCGAACAUCAAAUGUGCAUUGAAACAUCGAGAUAUCGAUCUCGUUUUACAUUAUUUAGAUAAGUUAAAAAACUUGAAAGAUUUAAUUGAUUUAAGUACAAUUAGAGAUUCGUAUGAAGAUGCGAUUCGAUCGGUUAAAGAAACCUUAACAAAUUUUUGCAGUGAAAGAACGAAAACUUUUCAUCGUUCAUUGACAAGUCAAGAUGGAUUGAAUAUUGAAGAUAUUCAAGAAUAUAAAUAUUCGAUUGAAUUUAUUCAAAAAUGUCAAAAACUACAAAAACAUUUCGACGAAGAAAUAUUUUCAUCAGAAUUAUUCGUACAAAACAUGAUUAAUGAAAUUCAAGAACGAAAGAANAAAACUUUUCAUCGUUCAUUGGUAAGUCAAGACGGGAUGAAGGAUGAAGAUAUUCAAGAAUAUAAAUAUUCGAUUGAAUUUAUUCAAAAAUGUCAAAAACUACAAAAACAUUUCGACGAAGAAAUAUUUUCAUCAGAAUUAUUCGUACAAAACAUGAUUAAUGAAAUUCAAGAACGAAAGAAAGUUCUUCUCGAAGAACAACUAUUAAGUCAUCUCAUUGGAAUUUUCUUUGACAAUGUUUUUCUUUUGAAAAAUUCCUUCGAACAAAUUCAGCCAUUGUACAAACAAAUUUGUGAAUAUUUUCAAGAACAAUUUCAAAAACUCACAAAUACAACAGACGAACUCAUCAAAGCAAAUCAAUUUGAUCAAAUCGCUAAUAUGGUUUUACAAAUCACAAAAUGUCUUCCGACUUUGAACAAACAUUUAAAUGGUUUAGUAGAAGAGAAAUAUCGUCAGACAAUUCAACUACUUGUCGAAUCUUUGAAAAAUAUUCUUCAGAAAUGUCAGUUAGUUUUAGCUAAACCGAGAUUAAUUGAAAAUGAACUUGAACUUGUGAAAAAUUCAGUUGUGACAUUAGGAUUAGCGAAAGAAAAUGCUGCGCUACAGGAUCGUCUUUCGACUUAUAAUGAAAUGUUUAAGAAGAGUGAAAAUCUUAAUGGAAUUUAUAAUUCGUUGAUUGAGAAAAUUGUGGAAUAUUUUACUGAGAUAAAUAAUCGAAUAGAUCAAUUAUUUAAAAAUCAUGGUGAUCGCGCGCUUGAAGAUGCUGAGAGUCUAAUUAGUGAUCUGGAUGCUAUUCGAACAAUUCCAGAAAUUGACUCGAAAACUGCGGGAAUGUAUUAUCGAACAGCUGAUUUUGUUCGUUCACAAAUGAAUCAAAUUCAACGAGAAGUUGAAGAUUUAUUAAACUCAUUCGAAUCACAAAAAGAGAAACCAGACUAUCGUAAAAUCGCUCGUUUAUUAUCGCGAAUGAACAAUGCCAAAUGGAUGAAUCGAAUCAGUCCAGGGUCAUAUGAUCGAGCAAGAAAACGAAUCACUGAUGAAUUAACUGAAUAUUUUCACGAUUUAGAAGAUCGUUUGAUGAAAUUAGAUUUGACGAUGAAACAUCCAGAAAAUAUUCCCAUCGCGCAGGAAAUCUUUGAUAAACUUGAUUCUCUCAGUAUUCUCGAUCGAAUUCUACCCGAAUUGAAGAAUUCCAAGGAUUCGAUGAUUCAACGUUUUCUUGAAAGCGUUCAAAAAAACUUCGAUCAAAUGCAAAAGAUCUUUCAAUUACAAGAUAGAAAUAUCUAUGAAGCCAAACAGGAAUUAAUUCGACUUGAACAAAUCAAACAAGAUUGUGAAGAUUUACAUCCAGCAAAUGUCUUUCUACGUCAAAAAAACUUCAACGAUUUGAACAAAUUAAAGGAAGAAAUUCAAGAACUCGAAAAGAAACGAGACAAAGAAAUCCAACGUCAAAAUGAAAGAAAAGCGAAUCUCGAAGGCGAACUAAAAAAAUGCAACGAAGAAGAGAAAAAUGAAAUUGAGAAACCACUUUCAGUUCAAGUAGAUAUUAUCCAAGACUUAGAAAACAAAUAUCAAAAUCUGUUAACACCUCUUCUUUCAAUCAAAACUCACUAUGAAUCACUGAUGACAGAACAUAAUUUGACCACAGAUGAACAGUUGAAAUAUCUACAAAGAAAAAACUUCGCAAAUCUUCAAACAUUGAAUCAAACCAUCGAUGAAAAGAAAAAAUUCGUCAGUCAACAUCAAAGUGAUCAACAAACAUUUCACUUCGAUGUUCAUUUCGAUGCAGCAACAGCUGAUAUCGCUUUAGUUUAUACCCUCAACUGUGAAAAUAUCGGAAAUAUCUGUUUUAAACAAAUGGCGUCUGAAACUCAUCGAAUUUUACUAAAAUAUAUCAUUGAAUACGGAAUCUAUCUUCAGAAAGAGAUUGAAAAUAUCUUCAAAUCCAUCUUAGAAAAUAAUUCACAUGAUUCGGAAAAAUUAGAAACACGCUUAGACGAGUUAGUUGCGUUAGGUGGAUAUAAAAAUGUAUUUGAAUCGAUUGAAGGAAAUAAAAAAGUUGAAUAUUGGAGAAGAAAAUUUGGAGAACAAUAUCAAAUUAGUUUCACUCGAAUUGAAAAUUAUAAAACGUCGGGAAGUUAUGAAGAUUUACAUAAGGAGUUAAUCGUUGUCCAACAUUUAAGUCGAGUGGAUAACUUUUGUAGUGGAAAGUUUUUAACACAAGGUUUCGGUGCUUUGUAUCGAACUAAUCAAAUUGAAACGUCGAAACAAUCCAAGGAAACUUAUGAGAACGUUUUGCAAUUUAUCAAAGAUAAAAAUUAUGCGGGUAUUGACAAUAUCAUGGAUGAGUUUGAUGAGAAAACAGCCAAUCCAAGAAAUAUGUGUGCGAUUAAACGGGAUCUCCAACGUUCUAUGGAUGAUUUAAUGAAAAGCACACUGAAAAUUGCCAACACUCUCAAUGUUAGUAAUGAUUUUGAAACGAUGACUCAGUGUCAAAUUGAAAGUAUGAUUGCGAAUUUUGAAAAAUUGCGUACUGUUCGAAGAUCAAAAUUGUUAACAUUGAUUGAUGGUGAAGAAACGAAAACAGAUUUGAACGAAUUCGAAAAGAAAUUAACUGACUCUCUUCUUCGACGUGAAUGCGGAGUAUCAAAUGAACAUUGUGUUACACCUGGACUCUAUGCGGUCGUCGGUGCAUGUGCUUUUCUAGGUGGAGUCAGUCGAAUGACUGUUUCUCUUGUUGUCAUUAUGAGUGAAGUAACAGGUGGUUUAUCUUAUAUUGUUCCAUUGAUGGUUACAGCUCUAACAGCAAAAUGGGUUGGAGAUGCAUUCGGAGAAGGAAUUUAUGAAGAAAACGUUAAAUUAAGUGGUUAUCCGUUCUUAGAAAAUCGCGAAAGUUUUCGUUUUUCUCUCAAAGCCGGUGAAGCAAUACGUGCAACUCGUUCCGGCGAGAAUCCUCCUUUAGCAUGUAUUUAUCAAGAUGGUAUGACCAUUGCUCAGAUCGAUACAUUAGUCCGUCAUCAACCUCAUUCGGUCUACCCAGUUGUUAUCAGUGCAGAUUUUCCCUGCAUUGUCGGUCAAGUGCAACGAAGAGAUCUUUUAGUUGUACUCAAAUCACGAAAGAUACAGUUGGAAUAUGAAAAACCAAAGUCUGGAUCGUUGAAUCGAAAAAUGUCAGUCGUUUCAAUGUCGAAUUUGUUGAAUAAAUCUGGUCAAGCAGCGUCACUUGGACGACGACGGGCAUCCAUUGCUUUGCAAGCAUCGAAAAUCUUACAGUUACAUAAAUUAGUUGAUCGAGCACCAAUUAUCGUUACAGAUCAAACACCAAUGGAAGCAGUUGUCGAUAUGUUUAGGAAAUUGGGAUGCCGACAAAUCUUUGUCACUAAGAAUGGUCGUCUGCAAGGUAUCUUAACUCGAAAAGAUAUUAUUCGGUUGAUGCAUGAUGCAAAUGUAUCGGGUAAAUUUGAUGAUUAA